UAGAUAUCUUUAUUCAAUUUUUUUUAUAAAACAUAAAGUGAACAAAGCAGGAGGCUGCUGCUGUGAUGCGCCUCGCUGGGAGUUCGGCUCCGCGGAUCGGUGCAGACCGGGGCAGAGACAUGAGCUAAUUGUAUCCUGAUCUUUGCCUUGAGGGGUUUCGGAGCCCCCCCCCCCCCGGAGCAAGUACUCUCUGUAUUUUGUUCUGUCUACCUUAGCCAAGCUAUUGCAUUUCUCGCUGGUGUAAGAAGGGAAGCGGAUCGUGGGCCAAAACCGGACCGGAGGGGGGUGGGGGGGAAAGACUCUCGCGUUAAGACGAGGAAGAGAAAAAAAAAAAGCUACUUUGCGCCGUUCCGUGUUUGCAGGACAGUCGCUGCAGCAUGUCAAGACCCAUGAUCACCCGCUCCCCCGCCUCCCCCCUGAGUAACCAGGGCAUCCCAACGCCCGCCCAGCUCACCAAGUCCAACGCCCCCGUGCACAUCGCUGUGGGGGGACACAUGUACACCAGCAGUCUGGCCACCUUAACGAAGUACCCCGAGUCCAGAAUCGGUCGUCUCUUUGAUGGCACAGAGCCCAUAGUCCUGGACAGCCUGAAGCAGCACUACUUCAUUGACAGGGAUGGACACAUGUUCCGCUACAUCCUCAACUUCCUCAGGACGUCCAAGCUCCUCAUCCCAGACAACUUCAAAGACUACAGCUUGCUGUACGAGGAGGCGCGGUACUUCCAGCUGCAGCCCAUGCUGGCUGAGCUGGAGCGCUGGCGCCAGGACCGGGAACUUAGCCGGGUGUCGCGUCCCUGUGAGUGCCUGGUGGUGCGUGUCGCACCCGACCUGGGCGAGAGGAUCACACUAAGCGGCGACAAGGCCCUCAUUGAGGACGUGUUUCCGGAGAUCGGCGACGUCAUGUGCAACUCUGUCAACGCCGGCUGGAAUCACGACUCCACCCACGUCAUCCGCUUCCCGCUCAACGGAUACUGCCACCUCAACUCUGUGCAGGUUCUGGAGCGUCUGCAGCAGCGCGGCUUCGAGAUCGCCGGCUCGUGUGGGGGGGGCGUGGACUCAUCCCAGUUUAGCGAGUACGUCCUGCGGCGGGAACUGAGGAGGACGGGUCAGCGAGGCCCCAAUUCGAACAGGAUAAAACAGGAGCAGCUGGACUAGAGACCUCCCGAGCACUAGGAGGCGCUAGACUUUUUCUGUGGCAGCCAAACGCUCGAUCGCAGCAGAGCUUUGUGGACUCUGUCUUUGUUUGUUUCCUUGUCGAUGUUUUUUUUCUUUCUUAAUAACCAUCUAAAUAAAAAAAAAGGUGCACAAGAGGAUUUUUUUUUCUUUUUGCCAUGAGAAGACACAAGACAUUUGAUAAGUUUGAGAUCUCAAGGACAUUUGUGAUUGUCUAGCCCCUAUAAACCCGUUUAAAAAAAGAAAAGAAAAGCAUUUAUAUACGUAUGCUGGAUGUCCAAAUAAAGUUUGUUUUAAAACUUGGAACCUACAUUAGGUUGAAUAUGAUUUUUUUUAUCCCCCACAUAGAAAUUAAAAGUAUUUGAUUGCUCGUGCAGGAUCUUGCGCAGCCUUUUCCCCAGCGACUUGAUUCUGUAUGCCCGCGCGAGCACACUGGCCCGGUCCCGGUUAUAACGGCUUAUGCUCGGUCGCUCCCGCCAAACCCGAAAAGCGACUUUUCGCCUCGCGUUACUCGCGCGAGUUUAGCCGCGGGAUCGAGUACGCGAACCCGCGACGAUCAGCCCGUCCUCCCAUUUUUUUUUGACUCAACGGGACGUCGGUGACGUCAGCAGAGUCUCGACGCUGAUUGGCUUUCGCGACACUGAAUAUUUUCAACUCGCGUGGCCCCGCGCGAAGAUUCGCAGCUUUGACUUUAGGCGUCAUCCCCCGCGCGCGAAACGAAGGCUUCGCGUUUGGCGCGACUGGACGCGACAUAACGGCUCCGCCAUGUUGGAGGACCGCUACACCUUAGCAAGCGCCGUUUACACCGACCGUUCCCGUUCUCAGCGCAGCAAUUAACCGCGGUAACAUGUAGAACCAGGGCAGCUGCUCUGUAGGAACCGGACCCCGUCCUCUCUGCCUGUUUAGAAAGCGUUUAGCACCGCGCAGCGAGAGAGCAACACGGUGUUCUCCGCCGUCCUCCAACAUGGCGGACGUGUCGCGGUCACGUGACGUGUGACGUCAUAAGAGAGCGCCUCGCUCCGGCCCGGGAAAGGUCACCGUGGUGUGUGUACAGUAUAUGGAAUGUCUCAGCUGUCGUGACCAAUGAAUUUCAGCGCAGCAGGAUAUCACUUCUUCUAUUGUUUAUGUUCGUGACUACAAGGAUGUUGACUGUUGUGACGCCGAUGAGGUGGUUUUACUCUAACGGAAGGUUAUUUCAAUGAAUUAUGCUAUAGAAUAUAAUUCACGUUAAUAUCAAACAUUUUUGUCAUAGAACAUCCCAUACUUGGAAAAAUAACGAGAUUUAAUGGAUUAUUACGUCACGCCAUUUGCCUCAUCGGGGGGGAUGUGAACUACCGACCCCUUUGUAUUUCCCUGGUUACUAUUGUUUAAUUGGAUCUCACUGAAUAAGCAACUGUAAAUGCUAUCUGUCCUUGUAUGUGUUUGUGUUUUGUUUCUGUUUUUGUUUUUUUUUACAUCGAAUCUUUUUUAAAAUGAAUCUGUUGCCUCAGAUAUGACUGAACAGGUUGAAGUUUACUGUACUAUCCAGUCCCAGUUCCCUUUUACCACAUGUUCAUAUGAAGUUGGAUUAUAAAGUAUUUCUAACAUUACUGACCCACCUACGCUCCCUAGAUUUGAGUAAAAAAAAAGGAAUGUAGCGCAAAAAAAAAAGAAAAGUGAAAUAAAUCUUCGACUGAA